UAGCCAUGGCAGCCUUUCUCAUGUUCAUAUGCUGGGUUUCACCUACCCAAACACAUAAAAGGCUUCGAAAGAAUGGUUUUGGAGGUCCAAAACCGAAUUUCCCUUUGGGGAACAUUGAAGAUAUGAGAAAAAAGGAGGAAAAAGAUUCUGUUUUUGAAUCUGUAAAUGAAACCCAUAACAUCCAUUCAAGUGUUUUCCCUUACUUUGCUCGGUGGAGAAAAUUAUAUGGUAAAGUGUUUGUGUAUUGGCUUGGGACAGAGCCUUUUUUAUAUGUUGCAGAGCCUGAAUUUCUAAAGCAGAUGUCAUUAUUAGUGAAGGCAAAGAGUUGGGGAAAACCCACUGUGUUUAAAUAUGACAGAAAACCUAUGUUUGGGAAUGGACUGGUCAUGGCGGAAGGAGAUGAAUGGGUUCAUCAUCGUCACCUCAUCGCUAAUGCAUUCUCACCAGCCAACCUCAAGGCACUGGCAAGCUCAAUGGUGGAGUCUGCCAAUAAGAUGCUAGACCAGUGGGCAACCCUCAUUGCCUCUGGUGAGCCCACCAUCGAUGUUGAGCGAGAAGUCAUAAGUACAGCAGCGGAGAUCAUUGCAAAGACAGCCUUUGGCAUCAACGAUGACAAUGGCCAUAAAGUGUUUGAGAAGUUGAGAGCCAUGCAACUCUCACUCUUCAAGUCUAAUCGUUUGGUCGGUGUUCCCUUCAGUAAGCUCAUGCACCUUAAACAGACUUUAGAGUCAAGAAAGCUAGGAAAGGAGAUCGAUAGUCUACUCUUAUCGAUCAUAUCUUCGAGGAAGAAAAGAAUAAGAAGUGUUGCAGACGAUCCUCAUCAUCCUCAACAAGAUCUGCUUGGGCUUCUACUUGCAGACUCAGAGAACAAUAAUCAAACAGUUGAUGGGCAACAGGGUAUUAUUAAUAAGAAGAAGAAGCUUACGGAGAGAGAGCUUGUGGACGAGUUGAAGACGUUCUUCUUCGGUGGUCAUGAGACAACGGCUUUGGCUAUCACAUGGACGUUACUGCUAUUGGCCUUGCAUCCUGAGUGGCAAGAACAACUGAGGGAAGAGAUUAAAGAAGUUACUGGAGAUGGCCCACUUGAUCCCACCAUGCUUGCUCGACUAAAGAAGAUGGGAUGGGUGAUGCAAGAGGUGUUACGGUUAUAUCCAUCAGCACCGAACUCCCAGAGACAAGCAAGAGAGGACAUUCGGGUCGGGCACACAGUCAUACCCAAGGGAACAAAUAUUUGGGUUGAUACAGUCGGAAUGCAUCAUGACUGGACAAUAUGGGGUGAUGACGUCAACGAGUUCAGACCCGAUAGGUUCAAGGAAGACCCAAAUGGAGGAUGUAACCACAAGAUGGGAUAUUUGCCUUUCGGGUUUGGAGGUAGAAUGUGCGUGGGUCGGAACUUGACCCAGAUGGAAUACAAGAUUGUGUUGACCCUUAUGCUUCGUAGGUUUUCUUUCUCUCUUUCUCCAAACUAUUGUCAUUCCCCCACCAUUAUGCUCUCCCUAAGGCCUAACCAUGGCUUGCCCCUUGUGCUUCAAACCCUUUAGAGAGAGAUUUUUUCAAAUUUGAAAUCUAUAUCUCAUA